UUUGACUCGUCCCAACGUAGACAAACCAGUCGGCCAACAUGGGAAGUCGACCCACUCGAGUACGUAGUGUGGAAAUUCAACCGGAAGGAGUCAACGGCUCGGAGGCAAAGGUCACCAUCAACGAACUUAAGACAGAAAACACACGGUUAAAGAACCGACUAUCCGAUCUGGAAGAGCUGAAUCCAGACGAUUUGAUCAAGGAAAAUGACAGGCUGAAGAAACAAAACGAAGAUUUAAGGAACGAGUUGAUUAAAAUUCGGGAGUCUUCGGUGGUCGACAUUAAGCGAUCGAUCUCGUUCCCAGUUAAUAAGGGAUCUGAUCUAACUGCGGAUAAUGCCUACAAAAACGACAUGUUGUCAGACAAUAAUAUGAACCUUACUCCGUCGCCGUCAAUCGAUAGGAGGAUAUUGAGUGAUAGGAGUAGCUCCCCCGGGUAUUCAUCUUGCAAGACGAGUCCGAACGUGAACGACGGCCGAAAACGAAAGAUCGACCCGAACUCGGUGUUGCAACGAAUGAGCGACAUCGAUGCAUACGGUCAGGGGCUCCCUCUAGCGGACUCAAGCCUCAUGGUGAAGAAUGUUCGACGGACACGACAUCGGAAGCGGAGAACAACACAGAAUACGAAAGUGAAAGACGAUUCACAGUCGAACUCCGAAGGGACCACGAGUCCCGCCGAAAUAUUGCCGAAAUCCUCCGAGGAGGGGCAUACGGACUCGGGUGUGCAUUCCACCGAUGUCGAACAGCAUGUACCGGAUCAGAGACAACACCUUAAUGAUAUUCAAUUGGUAUAGCGAUGUCAGGUUAAACCAGAAAAUUAUCAGCCAUCUUGGCCAAUUAACACUUUUGUCUUUGAUCUUUUGAUAAUCUUCUAGAUAAUCAUGGCAAACUGAAGAACAAGUCGCUUGUCUAGAAUCGUAAAGAUUACUCGCUAUUCGCUCCAGUUGCUAGGAUUAUGCUUGGAUAAACUCAGAAGAAUAAUGGUGGCUGUUAUGCCAAAGAUCAUCAUGCACAAGCCUGUUGGAAAGUGCCGGACCUAGUGCUUUAAGUUCUAUCCUCGACCAGGCACCAGCCAACCAAUGCACCUCGUCAACCUCGCUAUAUCCCAUUUUUACCAGGAUAUAGUAAGAUUUUAUAAUUAUUUCAAGUUUUAUUUUCAACUGAAAUUCCAUGACAAAUACACGUUUAUUGAACAACUCUGAUAGACAAGGAAAAUCUAUUUUUAAUCGUUAAUUUCAGUUUGGUUGUAUGUUUCUAUGGUGACGUAUGGAAAGAACUAUAUAUAUAUAUUAUACACCGCGGGGCCCCACAUUAACGCUUAUAUCUCAGCCACACCAAUGUAACAGACACCAACUCGACCAAUAAUAUGCUAUUCAAACUAACGCAUAUUUGGUCGGUGUUGAGUUGGUUUUGUAGAUGUGACUGCGACAUAAAGAGCUUUCAGCAGUUCUGGGGAGGGGGGGGGGGCGUUUCAUGAAAGGACUUGUCAGACGUUUUAUCUGACAAAUUCCAGUUUAUCCGACAAUUACCAUAGGAACAGUGCCUCUUAGCCAAUCAGAAUCAUGGAUAGAUGUCAGAUCUGGCAACUUGUCGGAUGAAAUAUUGAUGAAACGCUCCUCAGGUUGUCAAGACAAUGAAGCACAAUACGUAACAAUAAAGCUUCUUAACCGCCUACCAGACUCCAACAUUUUUCUUUGUCUGAGGUUUACAUGGUUUUGGAGUGCUACCUCACUGAUAUCGUGGAUUUUGAUUUGUGAUAAUCCAACAAAUAUGCAAAUAACGUAGCAGUAGAGCUUCUUUACCGCCUACCAUGCUUCAACAUUAUUUUCUUUUCGUCUGAGGUUCUCAUGGUUUUGAAAAAAUACGCCACUGAUAUCGUGAAUUUUGAUUUGUAAUAAUCCAACGAAUACGCGUAUAAUAAUUAUGAUUUAAUGUGUGUGUUUGUGUGUGUGUGGGGGGGGGGGGGGGGUGGGGGUGACGUAUUGGUUGGGCGGAAGGGGGGUGCUGGAAAUAUUAGCCAAGACUUGUGAUCAGUAUUAGGGAGUUUUUGCACCUCGGCGCACGACAGAUUCAAGAACACAGUAAAUGUAUUGAAAAUGCCCGCCAAAUGAUAAUGAACAGCUGGGAGGUCUUUGUCGAAAAUUGGUGAACCGGAACAUGAGCGUCUAUUCAGAGUCCAGGACGAAACUGUUGUUCUGAAUCACCAAUUUUCUUGGUUGUUCUUUGUCGUAAAGAACAUUUGACAAUGCGUUUUCUAUGUUGCUGUAUCCAUCAUGCAUCACCUUGUUAUAUGCUUCAGAUUAAUAUACGAUACGAAGUACUUGCUUAAAUCGACUACCUGAUUUUAAUCGAUUUGGGGAAUCUAUAAAAACCAAUAAAACGUUUUAAAAAUCGACGUGUCCAAUAAAUAUGUUUUUGAUCUGUAUAAUUCAUUAGGUGCAACAGGUAUUUUAUCAUUUCAAAGAGAGCUAUUUUAAAACAAAAUAUAUAUGUAGUUUUGCAAGAUUGAACAUAAUUCUUAAAAGUAUAUUUUUUACGUUGAGCCUCGAAACAUAAUUAUUUGAAAUGCAAUCGUUUAACUGUAAUUAACAAUUUAUUGUUUGAGUAAUGAAAUAUAUACGUCAGAAAGUAGCCUAAAGGAUGCUGUUGUCUUAUGUGUAUUUUAUUCUGCUGCACUGUAAAAACGGCAUGUAUAAUCAAUUUUGGGAUAAAAGAGGCUAUUUCUUACAGUAGAAUAACUUUGAUUUUGUCAACUCUACAGAGUAUUGUGUGACAAUUUACCAUGAAACGUUUAAUACUGUACUCUACCAAGCAAAUUUGCAUAUUUUUUUAAUAAAAAGAAAGCAACAAAAAUACAAAAAUUCGAUGAAAUCUUACUCAACCUAUGUUUACAAUGUGGAUUGGUAGAGUUGUGCAAUAUCAUACAAGCUCAAUUGAUAAUAAUAUGCAUACCGACAAAAUUUGUGGUUUUGUACAUAAAUCUGCGUAUUGAGUUAAAUUCGUUUUUAUAACAUACACUUAUACAUUCUUAUGUGUUUAUAUCACUAUUAAUUUUUACUCCAUAUUUAUUUAGAUUUUAAUACAAUAUACAUGCAGUGUAUUUGACACUUCUUUUUUCCCGAAAUAUUGAUUAAUGACUAUAUUGACGUACCCGCAAGAUAACUUUCUAAGUCAUAAAGGUUGGGUGAUACGGCAUUGGUGGCGGAGUAGUAGUUUUCAAUCUACUUUGACCCCGGCGCAUACACUAUCCAAUAUGAUCCGAUUUUCAAAGCAAUUAUUAUAAGAACAUUUGGUAUAUGAACAUUCCAACCGAUAAAAUCUUACGAUAAAAGUUCCGAACAUUGAUAAGAAUACUGAAAUCGAAAUUCCAGUCAAUUUUGAGCCUCCCUGUAGGAAUAAAAGCUAAUUCGAAUCGUAAUGACGUUAUUAUCGGCUGCGAUUUGAAGCCGAUUUGGACUUCACUCCGACCACAAGGAUUGCAGUAAAAAGAAGUCUGAUUUUGUAAUCUUAGCAUUGUGCCGAAUUCAAAAUUUCAUAUAAAAUCUUUUUAUUUCUUGAAACUUUCAUAUUUAAUGCAAGAUGCGCUUUGUAAAAAAAAAAAAAUCGCGCGUAGUCUGCGGCGGGCUUAGUGCGGUGUUUGUGCGGCGUGUAGUAUGUACUGUGCGGCGUGCUUAAGACAAAGAUCGAGUAUGCACAUUAUUGACUAGGAUUGCCCGAGGGUAAAGUUUUUCCAAUGUUUUCAGUUGUUAUCCAUCAUGUCGCACGUUUCACGCAUUCCCCCCAUUUUCAAUUGGCGUUAAAGUAAUUAUACGUCACUCUUAACAUGCUUAGCCGCUUUUAGUGUUGCACCUUUGCCUUUCAAACCUCAAAAUACUUUCACAGCAUUGUUCUGGGAAGCAGGGGCGUUGGAGGUGUUGUGUAUGUUAUUUACCAAAGGCACCACCCCCUGGAAAUUUGAAGUUUGGGAGCAAUAAUGGUUAUUUUUUAUGCUUGUCAAUUUUUUUUUUCGGUCGACAACCCCGCCCCCCCCCCGGACAAAACCCCCAGCACGUCCGUUUUAGAAGUCGUUCCCAUGGCUCUGUUGCACACUCAUCUUAACAAAAACAAGUAUUUUUGUAUUUUUCAGUACCUUAUAUAGGCACAGUUAUUCUAAGGCAAACAUUGUACUGACUUAUUGCGACAGUCAUGUCAACUAACUUUGUUUUAAUCAAUGUCGUAAUCAAUCAACAUAUGAUAUUCAAUAACUGAACCAUUCCAAUGAUAAAUUAGGGGUUGUUUUUAGGAAAUAACUGGAUAAAAACACACACGAGGAAAGUAAUGGUGAAAUGAAAUACAAAGUAAGUUGUUCAUGUUAAACGACGAAACUCUGACACCAGUGGUGUCUUGCAUGGCACUCCAUGCGACAAUAUAAUGGGUAAAUGACAUAGUAAACUAUUGAAAAUGUAUUGUUUAUUGUGAAACAUUCACAUGUCAUAAAUGGGAAACCAAUCAAAUAAAUAAAAGAAAAAUGAUGAAACAUUUGGA